AUGGUCUCGACGCGCCAGCAUCCUCGGGAGUUUCCUCCCCCUCCUGCGAGAGCUUCUCCUGCGCCCUCUGUGAGCGAUGAGGGUACAAUUCGCAAGUGGGUACACACGCCAUCAGCGGCCGUGAUCAUAUGGCUGUUAUUUUCGAUCCCACUUGUCGCCUGGGACUCGGGUUAUGUAUUGCUUCGCCCACACAGCAUGCCUGGUCAUAAGCUGCACUCUCCUAUUUGGACCCCAUAUGCAUUGUAUGGUACUAUCGAUUAUAUCUACGGCUGGCCGGCUUUCAAUGCUCGCAAUGGCUUCACUGCUGCGCAGACUAUCCUGAACCUGUUUGAAUCUGCAGCCUAUAUCUACUAUCUCACGAUUGUGUACAUCUACGGAGUGUCGCUGCAACCUGAUCACGGCCGUGAGAAAACAGGACUGAGUCGUUUUGUUUCCAUGGUGACCAAGGAUAAGGUGGUGUCUGGACGUAUUGGAGCUACUGCCCUGUUGGUGGCAUACAGUGCGUCCUUGAUGACUCUCGGCAAGACCAUUCUCUACUGGCUAAAUGAGUUCUUUUCUGGAUUCGACAACAUCGGCCACAAUGAUGCCCUCACCUUGCUUUUUUUGUGGAUCAUUCCAAACGGCCUUUGGAUUAUCUUUCCGAGCUACAACGUUUACAUCUUGGGCGCGGAGAUGAUAGCCUCUCUUGAGAGCGCUACGCCCCUUUCGAAGACCAAGUCUUCAUAA